ACUUUAUUCAGUUGACAGCAAGUAGGAGGGCUUUAUGGCAGGGGAAAAAAAGACAACACGAGAAAAAUUAGUAUUUUCUACCUUCAGAAAUUAAUGGCCAUGAGUUCGUAUAUGGUGAACUCCAAGUAUGUGGAUCCCAAAUUUCCUCCUUGCGAGGAAUAUUUGCAGAAUAGCUACCUAGGCGAGCAGGGGGCCGAGUACUACGGUGCCUCGCAGGGCUCUGAUUUCCAGCACCAGGGACUCUACCCACGGUCAAACUACAGCGAGCAGCCCUUUAGCUGUAGCAAUGCCCAAGGCUCUGCCGUGCAGCCGCGGGGUCACGGACAGGAGCAAUCCGGCCCAGCGAGCCACUUCCCCGGCCAAGCAGAGCAUUGUCCACCGCCUCCAAUGUCCAACUCCCCAGCCUGCAGCCAGCAGCCGGCCCUCAAACCCCCAAACGGGUCAGCAGUUAAGCAGCCAGCAGUAGUUUAUCCCUGGAUGAAGAAAGUCCAUGUUAACUCGGUGAAUCCCAAUUACAACGGAGGGGAACCUAAACGCUCCCGCACAGCUUACACCAGACAGCAAGUCCUAGAACUGGAAAAAGAAUUUCAUUUUAACAGGUACCUGACCAGGCGCCGCCGUAUCGAGAUAGCCCACACUUUGUGUCUCUCUGAGCGCCAGAUCAAGAUCUGGUUUCAGAACAGAAGAAUGAAGUGGAAAAAAGAUCACAAACUGCCCAACACGAAGGGCAGAUCGUCUUCCUCUGGUUCAAACCCCCAUUUACAGACUGGUUCCAAGGACCAUCAGACUGACCUGACAACUUUGUAGAAGAGGUGAAAUUUUCCAUUUCAUCCUUCGCUUCUGAUCAGUACUGUACAUAACUGACACUGCCCAAGCAGAACCUGCAUGUAGCAGCUAAGGACUCGAGAAACUGUCAUCUUUCUUUAAGGUACUGUUGUACAAAGGAGAAAAAAUGACGCUACUUUGGACUUUAUUUUAUUUGCCUCUGCUAGCACAACCUAAAAAAAGGAAAAAAAGAAGGGGGAAAGAAAAAAAAAAAGAGAAACAUUAUGCAGGCAGUGGGAAUUGGGAAAAUAUUAAACGAGACCUUCUGUCCAUAAAAAGUAAUAAAUCAUUGAAAAUGAAACUGUCCUGUGUUUCAGUUUUGAAUUCAAAAGUGAAGGUUUGAUGCUUUAUUCUGGGAUUUUUACUUUUAAUUGUAUCUUUAUCCCAUGCAAUUUCGGGAGGAUGCAUUUGGGCAAGUUGAGGACAGGAAAUUUAUAGCAUAGUCUUUUAUUUGAACAUAAAGACUAGCAAUUGUGAACUUUUUGUGCUGCUUUACCUUUCUUGGUGUAAUGAAAAUACUUGCUCAUUUCCAUAACGCCUCAGAGGUGUGCAUAGGAAUUAAGUGAAAACGGGUUAUUUUAUGUACUGAUAGUGUUAGUGUAUUUAUUUAUUUGUUACUUAGAAGAGUG